AUGCCAACACGGUUAUGGCUGCUGGGCAUCUUGGCGUACACGCUCACCGCGUCGGCCUCUGUCACUGUCUAUUAUCUUCCUGGACAAGAACCCUUAUUUUCUCCAGGAGCCUCAACAACUUCAGGGGCGGCGGCCACUUAUACAGGUGCAGCUGCGUAUAAUCCAACAGUUUUGGAGCCUCCACCACCGCCAAAUCCACCCAUUACCAAACGAUUUGCUUUGCAGCUACGAAAUGGCGGAACACCAGGCGUUUCAAUACAACAAAGUGGGGCUUUCUUUGGGUUCUCGAUAGAGAUGUCGGUGGUUAAUCAAGUCUUGGGCAAGAAUUCAACGGUCCUCAUGGUCCCUUUUCUGAAUCUCAUGUCGAAUCUUAUUCGAAGAGGUGGAAGUGUUCGUGUUCGAGUGGGAGGGAACACCCAAGAGACCGCUGUUCUCGUCCCAAGUUUGCCGGACGGCCGCAUCUUGUCGAAAGAUGAAGACGGUCUAUCCAACCCCACGCAAACCCCUCCUCUGGACUACACAGCGGACCUGAUCUACAUGCUAGGGAACAUAUCGUCCCUUGUGAACGUCGACUGGUUCCUGGGUGUCCCGUUCAUGGACGCUUCCAACUUUCAGCUCGCCAUUGCCGAAGUUGGCCAGCAAGUCUUGGGAUCUCGGCUGAUAGGCCUUCAAGCUGGUAACGAACCUGAUCUCUACAAGCGCCACGGCCACAGGGACGAGAACUAUGGUCCUGACGACUACUUCGAUGAAUUCAGACGCUUGGUCGACGCAAUGUCGGGAGAUGCACAUGUAACCAACAAGCACAUCCUGGUGGGACCCAGCAUCGCGUCUGGCGAUUGGACUCCGGAGAUGGUCUGGGAUACGGGAUUCGUCGACCAGUUCUCCGACAAUCUAGCCUUUCUUUCUGUCGAACAUUACCCUUCCGACAACUGUUACGCCCAAUUCGGCGUUGGGACACCUCGAGAUCCUCAAGAAAUGUUCGAGAACUAUCUGAACCAUGAAUCCGGGGUCAACACGUUGGCCCGAUACCUGGAUGCCACUGCCUACGCGCAAGCGAAGGGGAAAUCUAUGCUGAUGUUCGAAACGAAUACAGCGUCGUGUGGGGGUUUCGCUGGCAUCAGCGAUUCCUUCGGUGCAGCACUCUGGGCAUUGGACUAUUCAAUGCAAAUGGCGCACUCCAACUUUUCUGGAGCCAUGUUCCACAUUGGUGGCCAAAACGUGUUUUAUAACCCAUUCACUCCUCCUCCAACGAAUCAAACUGCUUACCACCAGUGGACGAUUGGCCCUGUUUACUAUUCUGCCUUGGUCAUGGCUGAGGCACUAGGCCCAUCUGGUAAAGCCCAAGUCCUCGAUUUAGCCGCCAAUAACAGGAGCACAUACACCCCUGCCUAUGGCAUCUACGAAGACGGGAAUCCAGUCAGGGUACUCCUCAUCAACUUCAUUGACGACCCUUCCGGCGCAAAUGAUGUGACUGUGUCUAUAUCCGUUGGUGGUGGACAUACUGGUCAGCCGAAUGCAAGCCCCUCCCAGGUCAGGGUAAAAUACCUAUCGGCUUCGUCCGUUUCGCAAAAAGGGAAUUUCACUUGGGCGGGGCAGACAUUCGGUGCCAACUUCGAAUCGGACGGCCGUCUACAAGGCGACGAGGACACCUUAACAGUCUCAUGUGACGGCACGACGAACGUGUGUUCGAUCAAGGUUCCAGCACCUGGGGCAGCACUGGUCUUCCUUACAGACAAUUCUUUGGAUGAAGUCGAGGAUAACCCGGUUCAGACGUUUGCAACGAGCGUGAGGACAAGGAUGUUCAAUACUGCGACAGUGGACCCUGCGGUGUUGGCGACUUCGAACGGCCAUGGCGCGUUCUCGAAGAAACAUUUGGGGAGUACGAGUAAGGGGAGCACGGGGUCUGGUGCAGCCAGGCGGGCGGUCCAAGUUGACUUCUGGCUGGUUGUUGGGGUAUCCUUUUCCUUUGCCUUAUGGUCUUUCGUUUGA